AUGAUAUUGUCCAUUCGUUGCCUUCCCGCCACCGCCACCGCCCAAUGCGCAAUCAUUCAACUAAAGCAUGUGGCCUCUGCAGCUGGUCAUGUAUCGAAAUGGGAUGGUCUCAAGAGGAGUUGCUACGCCUAUGCUGAUGAAUUUAUUGUCGCCACUGACGAUAAGUAUGGCAACAAACAAGUUAUCAGCGUUACUCCGCGGCUUUACGACUACUUGCUUUCGAACGUUAGAGAGCCAGAGAUUCUACGCCAACUUAGAGAGGAGACUGCGGCCAUGCGAGGUAGUCAAAUGCAGGUAUCUCCUGAUCAAGCACAACUACUAGCAAUGCUUAUCCAGAUUCUUGGGGCUGAAAGGUGCAUUGAAGUUGGUGUUUAUACUGUAUGUGCCUUUUAA